CGCCCCGCCCCCUCCCCGUCCUACGCCCCGCCCGACCCUCGGGACGCAGAGUGCGCGCCACGGCAUUUCCGGCUGGACGGCGUAUCCCGGAGCGUGCAGUCGUCCACCGGUGCAGACCUCUGGAAAGCGGUUCGGGUGCAGAGCUGGUGUGGUCUUCUGUGUGCACGGAGUGAAAGAACGAUGCAGAAGGACUCGGGCCCCCUAGUGCCUUUACACUGGAUCGGCUUUGGCUAUGCAGCUCUGGUUGCUUCUGGUGGGAUCAUUGGCUAUGCAAAAGCUGGUAGUGUCCCGUCCCUGGCUGCUGGGCUCCUCUUCGGUGGUUUAGCAGGCCUGGGCGCUUACCAGCUGUCUCAGGAUCCCAGGAACAUUUGGGUUUUCCUAGCUACAUCUGGAACCUUGGCUGGCAUUAUGGGAAUGAGAUUCUACCACUCUGGAAAAUUCAUGCCUGCAGGCUUAAUUGCAGGUGCCAGUUUGCUGAUGGUUGCCAAACUUGGAAUUAGUAUGUUGAAUAAACCCCAUCAGUAGUAGGCAUGUCCCAGCUUGGACCUGUGAAGAUUUAAACUUCCACUGCUUUUAAUGUACUAAGAGAAAUAAGUGCAUUUUCACACAUUCUGACAUUUUACUUAAAAACAAAAUGACACUGAUUUAAUGUCAAAAUGCAAGGAAAAAAAUCAAUCAUUGUCAUCCCAGCCCUGAAGAGGUGGGUAGUGUGUAACACAAGAGAUUAUUAUUAUGCCCUCAUACAGUUUGACAAUUGUAUGUUGAUGUUGUCUCUUUUUUCUGUAUCUAUGGGUAAAUCUCAAGGGGUAAAAUAUUAGGUGUCAACACUGGGGGCCUGAAACCCAAACAAGGGGGAAAAAAUCUCUCUUAUCAGAUUUAGGAUAUCUGUUGUUUUGCUCAUCUUAGAGCACAGACCUGCUUUGAAAUUACUCUAAGUAUUACUGAAAAUAAAGUUUACUAUAAAAAAUA